AUGUUCAAACUAUUCGGAGGACGAACGACUUCAACUACGACGAAAACGAACACGUCCAACGUUAACAAUGAUGAUGAUGGGAAUGACCAGCAAUCACAACCACCAGUAGCGGGAUCAAGUUCAUUGCCGCCAAUUGACACUGGGGCUAUCCAGAACCAGCCCUCAACGUCCUCGAACGGAUCGAGCGACAGCGCUGGAGGUGGAGUUCCAACCAAUUCUGCCUCCGCGUCUGACCCGUCACCCAAGAGCGCCUCUGCCGCUCAAGGAGGACCGGCAUCCUCUUCCUCCCCCUCGUCCCAGCACCGCCACAAUCCUUCCUCUUCCCCGUCUCCGCUACAUGAUCGAGGCGACAGCGCUAAUACGAGCGGAGCGCGCCCCGCCUCGGCAUCACCUCCGCCACCUUCGUCCUUCCAGCCGAACUGGAGGGCCGAGGCUGCGCCGUCCAGACUCUCGUAUAAAUCGUUUGGCCAGAGUUCUCUGGGAAGGACAUCCGAAGGCUAUCCGUCAUGGCUUCCCAGGCGACCACCACCCCCAGCACCGGCUUCGACCAUUGGCACCAAUACACCUAUGCCCCCUGACUUGGGAGAGUUUGGGGAAUUCGAGAGGGAGUAUCGGGAGUACCUGCGGCAGGUUCAGAUGCAGGGAAGCGCUGCUGAGCUUCAGAACGACCCUGCUAUGGACGUGAGCGGUGCAGUUGACCGGGAGACGGACGUUGAACCCGAAGCCGAUAUCGACUACCUUCGGGGUGGUGUUGAGAUGAUGGAACGACGUGACAGCACAAGCCCAGAAUCGCCUCUCGAUGCGAUUCCGCCAGCGCAGCUUGGAGGACGCAAGGCAACCCCACGGAGCGUCCGAAUUGUCAACCUCCAAAGCGAGAAUGUCGCGCAGGGACUUGGGGUGGGUGUCCCCCCAAUGUCGAAGCGGGAGCCUACGGAUACGACGCGCGUCGCAUCUGGCGCCACCGACCCUCUCAACCUUCCACUGGGCUAUAGUCAUGCACGAACUCAUUCACAAUCGAAUUGGUACUCCAAGAAGAAGUCGGCACACCAGAAGAGGAUUUCCAGUGGGUCUACGGCUGUAAAUCAACAUCUAACUCGUGGACAUUAUCGUGCAACGGCACCCCCAACGACUUUCCAUUCUAUCGCAACCACCGGGGGUUGGUCAGGAGCUCAUCCUCACGACCCCGUUCGUUCAGGAGAGCGCCGCACGCGACCCAAGUUCAACAUUCGGGGCUUGCAUCUGAAUAUGCUCAGGAGUCCAUCCAUGUGGAUGAAAGUGUAUUUCCGAUUAUGGCCCAUCCUUGUCCUUGGCCACUUGCCGCUUCAAGCCUUCCUCGAUUUCAAUGCGGUCUACAUGAUCUUACAGGUCUCGAGAUAUCCGCUUCCGACUGCUUCACCCAACUCGGGCAAGAACUGGGCACUCUGUGCCGCAGCUUAUAUUGCGUGUUGGCUGGUCUCUGUACUAGUCAUCUUCGUCGUAUACGAGUUGGUUUAUUCAUUUGCCAGGAAGUGGAGAGUUCGACGACCCGUGAUCUUCCCGCUAUACCUUUCGGCGCCUGGCUACAACUUUGCUUGUAUGACCUCCUACAAUGUCUUCUGUUUCUUCCAACAUCUCCGAUACACCGCCUUCGUUCCAAUCGAGCCGGACGUUGACACUGUUUCGAGCACAGACUCGGAUGAGAGUCAGCCAGGCCAAGAUGCUCACGAGCUCGAGGAGAAGGGAGAGAUAGUUCAAGAACCUCGCACCCCACCAGCCACUCACACCCGUCAACGCCAUAACGAACAUUUCCGAACCGACUCUACCUCUUCCAACGGAUCACUUGACGCCAAAGAGUCCGAUCCUGCUCUAGGUCGAUACAAACAUAGCCGAUCAAGGUCGUCCAAGUCGAAGGGCCCGUUGAAGACACUCGAGAAGAAAGUGAACAAGACCAAGAGGUUGUUGAGGGAUCGGAUUACGUGGCGAGACGGCCUUGCGGAGACCUUCAACUUGUAUGCCCAGAAUCUUCCAAACGUGUUGGUUCUGUUGCCUAGGGCAGGACUGGCGCUCGGCUUGAUUUUGGCGUUCAACCCUGUGUGGACUGAUGGAAGCACCGGCUCUAUUGGCUCGGCGAUUAACCGCGACGCGACUUUCUUCCGGAGGGAUAAUGGUCUCUUGACGUCCUACGCGCUCGGAGUCCUCUGGGCGAAUGUGGCUUGGACGGCUUGGAGGGUGUUGGUCCUUCUUGGUUCUUGGAUUGGUCUCUGGGUCCUCUCAGGCCACGGCUGUGCAGGCAUCUGCGGUCCCCGCGAUAAAUGGGAAGAAGAAGAACAUAACCGUCUCUCGGCCGCCUUCAGCGCAACCUCCUCCCUUGCUUCAAACGACGACAGUGUCCUCCCUUGGGAAUGGCGAGAGUGCACCCGUGCGCGCGUCCAAGACGCUUGGGAGUUCUGUCUCGUCGGUGUUGGCAGUGGGCGGUACAAGUGGGGUGCGGAUCUCUACAACGCAGCGACCGGUGCCCAGGCCUUUGAGAAAUCGGGGCGAGUGGAUGAGAAGAGGCGCGCGGGAGGUGACGAUGAGGAGGGUGGGUUGAGCGAUGAAGGCUUGCAGCGCGUUUUGGCUGCUGUUGGUUUCCCGAGCGUCCCUACCCCUGCGAAGAGGGGAGUGUUGUCGCAGGAUUUGUUUGAGAGUCCGUCGAAGAAUCGGGGUGCCAGUUCGGAUUUGGAGCGUGCCGAGAUGAUUGGAGAGCAGAGAGAUCUGCAGAGGAGUGGGAGUGGUCCGCUCUUGAAGCUUCCGUAUCCGUUUACCCAACCUGGCAGUGGACAAGUUAGCUCGAACGAUUUGGUGCCCUUCCCAAAGGAAAAGGAUAGGGAGAGCGGGAAGAGUAAGAGCAGCAAGACCAAGUCUGGGUCGAAGAAGAGCAGGAGUGGGACUGGUUCGGGCUCCAGCGGAAGUGGGAGUGGAAGUACAUCUGGUUCUGGGAAUGAAGGUGGGCUGGAAGGAGAAGGUCAUGAGGACGAGGAAGAAGACGACGAAGACGAAGACUCAUCCUCGCACCGUUACUCGGAAGAACCAUCUACGGAAUCGUCUAUGGGCGGAAGAGCCUCCAACUCGAUGUCAUCACUCGGUCACCCCAUCCCCCCUACUCUUGGCUUAACGAGCGUUGCUCGUUCGAUGUCGACUUACAGCCCAAGCCCCCGUCAACAACGUCCUGGUCAAGCCAGCCCCCACUCCGGAUCGUCGAGCUCACCGUUGAGCUGGAGGAGCGAUGUUGGCAACGGUGGUAACACCCGCUUCCCAUUCCUGUCUGGCCCACCGGUUCCGUCGUAUAUCCACCGUCACCGUGGGGUCGCCGUGCACACCACUGGUUCGUCGACUGGACACUCCAGAGGUCUCAGCCAGGUUAGCGGCAUCAGUGGAUUGAGCGCUCUCAGUGCAGGAAGCGGCUAUGCGGCGAGUGGAAGUGCUGGUGCUGGUAUGAGCGAGGAAGGUGCCCUGAGCGAGAUGGGAGAGAUCAUCCGGGAGAACCGACAGCGCGACAGGAACUCGAGUGGCGAGAGCGGCGGAAGUGCUGGAAGCUCUGGAAGUGGAGGCUUGCCGAUGCCACCCCGACACCCGCUCGUUGGGCAGGAGGGCAGGACGCGCAGGAGGAGCACUGUCCAGAGCUCGGCUUCCGGUUCGUCCUCUGCGUCUGCCCCUUCGCCGUUGUCGUCGAACAACUCCAGCUCGAGGGCGGUAGCGACUGCUGCAGUUGCUGAACGCCAGAGUGAGGGUGUGGCGUUCCCGAGUGUGUCAGAGAGGGAGGGCAGGGAUCGAAGGCGAAGGAGGAUUGAGCAUACGUUUGGAGGUACCACCCCGCCCAAUGCAGAAGACCUGGAGCUGGGCUUAGGGGCAUUGUCGCAUGAGAGUGCGAUGAGGGCUAUCCGCGGACGCUCGAGGAGGUUGGGAGAGGACGAUGGCGAGAGCUUGCAGUUGAGUUUGAGGGACGAUGAGCACGAGCAUGCGGCCAGACGUGAAAGGGACGAAGAGGAUGUCUACGAGGAUGAGGACGAAGAGAGCGAGGUGGAGGGUGAGAGAGAGGAUGUGGUUGGGCUGCUCGGUAGUGGAAGUGGCAACAACAGUCGCGGACCUUCGCCCCGUGCUUCGUUGAUCGGCAUUCAACAGGGACAAGGAUCGGACACCAAUGUCGCAGGCUCUCGUUCGAGGACCAGGUCAAGACACAGCUCGUCAGCCAAGUCUAGGGAAUCCCUUCGUCAUUCGGGUGCUGGUCGUCCAUUGUCAUUAUCGCUCGUCAGCGGCGGGGAAAGGUCGAGGCACAGCUCCUUCCAUCGACAAGGAUACUCCGUCGCCCCCGACAGCCCCGUCCGAGCCCGAUCGAGGAGGGAGAGUGUGGCUAGCGCCGUUCGUGAACGCGCUGGCUCAUUCAGUGUCAGAAUUAGGCAGCGAGCUCACAGCUUGAUGCAGAGCAUCGCUGGAGGCAUUGCCACAUCCCCAUCAUCCUCGGUCCCUGCUUCUCCCUUGAGGGGCGGUGAAGGCUCGACAUCGAUGACCAACUUGCAUGCCGGUGGCGGACACAGGAGGCUUGGGUCCAGCAGUGGCGAGAGUGCGUUGGAGAACUUCGUCACUGGCACCGCUAGCGCCAGGAUGCCCGAGGUCGUGCGGCUUCCUUCGCAAGCCACUCCUGAGGCUGCAGCCCCCGCCAUGCGGACUGUCAGUGGCCAGAGCGGAGCAAGCCAGGAAACUGGCGAGAGUUCGGGCAGUGGAAGUGGCAGCAGUGGUGUCCACCCGCGUCAUCAACAAUUGAUCGAGGAGGGUUACUACUCGUCGAGCGGCCACAGCAGGAGCGGAAGUGAGAGUCUGAGCCAUGGGAGCGCUGCUGAGGCCAACUACACCUUUGGACGACCGGUUCCGUUCUUGCAGCCUCGAUCGCAAGAUCAGUUGUCAACACACGAAGAGGAUCCAUCCGCCCAACCACGCUCCGCUCCUGCAUUGGUCGGCACCUCCGAAGACGACGAGGAAGAUGACGACGAGGACCAACAGUUCUUCUCCCAGGAACCAUCUUUGAGGAGUCCGACGUUGCCAGCUCGCAGUCGCGCGGGAUCUGCUACGCCUAGCGUUCUGAGUGAUGCCAGCGGUAUGAUCACCCCCAUGCCCCACCAGAUGACCUUCGAAGCUCAACAGGCCCACCCCGCUCUCGAUGACUCUCCACGUGAGGUGUUCCUUCACCCUCCUGCCUCAGCAUGGGAGCGACACAGGUCCCUGGCCCCCGGUGGUGCCAGUAGCGAUUACCUGAGUGUCAACACCAGGGAAGGAGUGGAGAGUGUCAUGAUGCUCAGUAGCGCUGCUCAGAGCUUCGUCACGGCGCCAGUUAGCAUCGCUGAGAGCGGUACUACCACUACCACUGGCAGGAGUGGCAGCAGCAACGACACCAACACGAUCAGUGGCAGCUGGGAGGAGCGACGUGGAUUUGCUGGUCUGUUCCGUGGAAGACCAGCCCUGCUGCCCCAGCGAGGACGAAGGGAUAGCGGCAUGGUUGAGCGAGCUGGAGAUGUGGUUGGUGCUGGUGGUGGUAUUGGAGAUGGACGUAUUGCGUAA